UUGUGAUCAGUUUGCCCAGCAAUGCUUCUGCCUUUCUUUUGUUUCUUACCCUCCUUCAUUUCAUGGAAUUCUUCAUCCUUUUAGGCUCCUUAAUAUCCUGCAGGGACCAGCUUUUAUUUACUUCUUGUAAAUAAACUAAAAUUAGCCUGAAAGGACAUGAAGUUUUUAUUUCUUCAGAAAAGUUGAGGGGGAAAAUUUAACAUCCACUGUCACUGAGGGUAAAUGAGGUUUAUGAAUCAGAGGGCAAAGUCUCAUGAGUUAUUCUGAUUAGGUGGAACACCUGGUAGUUUCAUUCCUUGCAAGACUUUAAGCCAUCUCACAGCUUUCCAUUAAAGGUGCUCUGAAAGGUACUGCUUGAGGGAUAGCACUAAACAUCUGACUCUGGAAACUGAACUAAGAUUACCUUGGAGCAAAAAGGGCUAAGAAAGAAAGAAAAAAAGAAGACAGAAAAGUCAUCCACAGUGAUACAUAGUACUUCAUGGAAUGAGGAAAGGUGUGGUGGUGGCAGUGAACUUGACUUCACCCAGGAGAAGCCAGUGGAGCUGGCGCUAUUUGCUAUCUGAGUGUGAACCUGGGAAAGAAUGCAUGAAUCAAGUAGGUUCACAGGGCUUAAUUUUCAUCUGGUCCGGAAGCUGAUCUUUGGAUCUGAUCCUGUCCCUUCAAACUCCCAUGAAUCAUCUUAAAGAUGGAGCUUAACAAACAUGUUCUGUGGAAGUCAUGAAGGUGCAGUCGCUACUUAAUCUUUAUCUUCUGAAUGUUCUUGUACAACCUCUGAUUGGAUUUGAUGAUGGAUUCCCUUUUCCUUAUUUUUAUAGAACGUUUUCUCAGCCCAUGACUACUGUUGUUGGAAGGCUUUAUGAAGAUGUGAUCCUUCCUUGCUCAUUUGAGAAAGGGCAUGGCAUAGUGAUUCAUUGGCACAAAGAGGAUAAGCUGGUACACAGUUACUACAGAGAGAGUGACCAUCUGGAACAACAGGAGCCAGAUUAUGCCAAAAGGACAUCCCUUUUUCUCAACGAAAUCAACAAUGGAAAUGCCUCGCUAACACUUAGGAGGUUAAACCUCCAAGAUGAAGGAGUUUACACUUGCUAUGCAGCAACAGAAGCUGAGAUGGAGUGCAGAGAAGUAGAGCUGAAGUUGGGAGCUUUCAUCACACCUGUAAUGGAAUAUCAAGAGCAGAAUGGAGAUAACUAUUUAACAUGCUAUUUAUUUGGGGCUUAUCCCCUUCCAACUAUAACAUGGACAGCAAAUAACACAACAAACCCAGAAAGCAACAUGGAAGUUUCAUCUCAUCCUCUCCUCUCUGUUAAAAGUCAACUCAAUAUCACAGGCUCAAAUUCCUCUUAUGAAUGCAUUAUUGAAAAUUUGGUACUGAAUCAAAGAUGGAUUGGAAAAUGGAAAACAGAAGGUUCUCUUUUAACAACAGAAGGUAAAAAAGCUUUAUUCCCAUGUAAACUUAAAAAUGAGGAUUUUUUGCCAGAGAAAAGUAUAAAUGUUAGUUGGUACAGAGUAGAAAAUUCAUCCUCCACAAUCUUGGCAUCUUUUUCAAGUUCUUCAAAUAGAAUGGUCUUUGAUAAUCGAUUCACUUGGACCAAAGACACGAUGCAAGAAAAGUAUAAGUUCUCUUUGACUUUGAUGUCUCCUACUCCAUCAGAUAAUGGGAAAUACCUCUGCAAUAUUUCAUCUGUAAAUUAUAUGGAGCUCACCAUUCAACCUUUGACAGUCGAGCCAGGUCAAGGAAACUCUUUCAACAAGACCUAUAUUAUUUUGGUGGUCAUUUUAGCUUUUAUUGUUUCAAUGCUAGUUGCAGCACCAAUAUACAAGAAGAAAAAAUGGAAUUCAAACUCCAGGCCUACGGGGGAACAAGAAGAGGGAGAGAGCAUGAAUCCUCCUCUUCUGUGAAAAUCAACACCAUGAGGCACUUAAACACUGAUUCUUCCGAUCUGGAAAAACAACAACACCCAUAAGGCCCAGAGGAGAUAUUUCAGACAGAGAAAAAUGUUUAACCAAGCACUGAUUUACUGGCCUUUGAUAUUUCAACAGCAAAUGUUUGAUUCUACAGAAUCUGUUCCAAUCAUUCAGUUGGUGAAUUAUAUUUUGAUAGUACUGGCAAAAUGGGCAAAAGACAGGCAGGGCAGAAGGUAAGGAUACAGUGAAUCAGAAAAUAAGCAAAAGUUGGUAGAGAAGGUAAGACUGAAAUCAGUCAAUUUGUCUAUUUGUUAGAAACCCUGCUGAAAGGUUUGAGAAAGUGAGGAACUUGAAGUUAGUAGUUAUAAUGAGUUUGCUCUGCUGUCUCUUUUCUUACAAAUCAUUGAUUAUUGAGAUAUAUGAUAGUGUUUCCAAUAAUGCUAGGAUGGAAAAAAAAAGGCCACUUUUGAAAUGGUCCUUCUUGGAAACAUCAAACAGCUUAUAAUAAUCAUUUUUAUAUCCUGGGCAUUCUGACACAGCCACAGAACAUCAGAAGCAAUCCAGAGACAGAAAACCAUAAAAACACAUAGCCUGUUUUUUCCCCAUGUUUAUUAAGUUUGUAUGCUUUUUAAGAUUCCAUAAAUAACUACUAGGUCUGUAUCCCAACGAGAUCAUGAAAAAGGGAAAAGGACCUACAUGAACAAAAAUGUUUAUAG